GAACUCUUACAGGCCAAACAGGAUCUUCAGGAUCUGCUCAUUGCCAAAGAGGAGCAGGAAGACCUCUUGAGAAAGAGGGAGCGUGAACUCACUGCCCUGAAGGGAGCCCUGAAAGAAGAGGUUUCCAGCCACGACCAGGAGAUGGACAAACUGAAGGAGCAGUAUGACGCCGAGCUGCAGGCCCUGAGGGAGAGUGUGGAGGAAGCAACUAAGAAUGUUGAGGUCCUGGCCAGUCGGAGCAACAGUUCAGAGCAAACCCAGGUGGAGGCGAAAGUGCGCAUGAAGGCGCUGCAGGAGGAGAACGAAAGGCUGCGGAAAAGCCUCGGAGAGCUGGAGUGCAGUGUGGCUCGGCUGCAGAGGCAGAUUGCUGACGCAAAAGGCGACGAAGCCAAAGCGAAGGAAUUGCUCAAGAAGUGUGAGGCAGAAAUGCAGCAAUUAGAGGAAGCCCUUGUGCAUGCAAGAAAGGAAGAAAAAGAAGCCAUGUCAGCCAGAAGGACCCUGGAGAGUGAGCUGGAAGACGCUCAGAGAAAUCUGAGUCGGGCCACCCAGGAGCAGAAGCAGUUGUCUGAGAAGCUAAAAGAUGAGAGCGAGCAGAAGGAGCAGUUAAGGAGACUGAAGAAUGAGAUGGAGAAUGAGCGAUGGCACCUUGACAAGACCAUUGAGAAACUGCAGAAGGAGAUGGCUGACAUUGUCGAGGUGUCCCGCACGUCAACACUGGAGCUCCAGAACCAGCUGGAUGAGUACAAGGAGAAAAAUCGCAGGGAGCUUGCAGAAAUGCAAAGGCAAUUGAAGGAGAAAACCUUAGAGGCAGAAAAGUCACGUCUGACUGCCAUGAAAAUGCAAGAUGAGAUGCGCCUGAUGGAGGAGGAGUUACGGGACUACCAGAGAGCUCAGGAUGAAGCACUCACGAAAAGGCAGCUUCUGGAGCAGACGCUGAAGGACCUGGAGUACGAGCUGGAGGCCAAGAGUCACCUCAAAGAUGACCGGAGCAGGCUCAUCAAGCAGAUGGAGGACAAGGUGUCUCAACUGGAGAUGGAACUGGAAGAAGAAAGAAGCAACUCAGAUUUGCUGUCUGAGAGGAUCGCUCGGAGCAGGGAACAGAUGGAGCAGAUAAGAAACGAGCUGCUUCAGGAGAGAGCUGUGAGGCAAGAUUUGGAGUGUGACAAGAUUUCCUUGGAGAGACAGAACAAGGACUUAAAGAGCCGGAUUGUCCACCUGGAAGGGUCCUACAGGUCCAGCAAAGAGGGGCUGGUGGUGCAGAUGGAGGCCAGGAUCGCGGAGCUGGAGGACCGUCUGGAGAGCGAGGAGAGGGACCGGGCCAGCCUCCAGCUCAGCAACCGAAGGCUGGAGCGGAAGGUGAAGGAACUGGUGAUGCAGGUGGACGAUGAGCACCUGUCGCUGACUGAUCAGAAGGACCAGCUGAGCUUGCGCUUGAAAGCAAUGAAGCGACAGGUGGAGGAGGCUGAGGAGGAAAUCGACAGACUAGAAAGUUCGAAAAAGAAGCUACAGAGGGAGCUGGAGGAGCAGAUGGAUGUGAAUGAGCAGCUGCAGGGACAGCUCAAUUCCAUGAAGAAGAACUUAAGACUUAAGAAGCUGCCGAGUAAAGUGCUGGAUGACAUGGAUGACGAUGACGACCUCAGCACCGACGGGGGGAGCCUCUAUGAGGCACCGCUGAGCUACACCUUCCCUAAGGACAGCACCGCCGCCAGCCAGAUCUAAGUGCACUUCCAGGGCUGUGGAGGUGGCCCGUCAUUCCUCAGAGGGACCUGCAGCCGCCAGCAGCAGGGGGCAGGAAAGGGAGCACCCAUCUGGAGCAGAGGCCCAUCACCUCCUCUUCACAUCACAGGCCGAUUCCUCCACGUUACAGUCCUCCUAGGAUCCCACAGUGGGAGCACGGCUCUCAUAGCUUAGCCGGGGAGCUAUUGCAGUUUAAAUGUUGAGACCACCACCCAUUGGGGUGUUUUGGAAAAUAUAAUUUGGCAGAUGAAGCCCCUGUUCUUUACAGCUAUCUGCCAGCACCAUUUGCAUUUGCUGCUCCUGCCCCCCUCCCUCCACCAAGACAACAGGUCCAAAAUGCUAGUUAUUAUUAAACAGCCACUUUGCAGAGGAGGAAAUGAUGUGUGAGCUGUACAUAUUUUAAACCAGACUUUCUCAUGGACUGCUGCUCUUCCAUUUUGCAAUGUUCAGAGGCUUCAUUGGAUGGCUUGUUUGUAAAUGUCACACAUCUAUCUUGAAUUUUUUUUUUAAAAUAUGAAGCCACUAGAUUUUAAGUAUUAAGGAGCAGAGGUGAGAGAGAAGGUAGAAUAAAGACCACUUUGGACAUCAGAGUUGGAAAAAAGAAAUUAUAAUGAUAAGGGACAGUUAAUCCUGAGAAGAGAAACUCGAGGGGCCGUGGUAAACAGCUUGCUGACGGAGGGGGAGAAGGUCAGAAGGUCAGGUGUAUCUGUGGCCUUGGUUGCUUAUUUUAUCUAGAAUUUUGUUACAAUUUCUGAACCACGCUGAGACCAAUUCUCAGUCACCAGGUGCAAUUUCUUUUACACAGGUGGGUGGGUUUUUGACAAAUGAUGUGGUUUCUGGAAGGAUGGGGCCUUACUGUCAUUUCUCAGUGGUCCUUUCCUCCCUUCUCCCACAGCAGGCCUCCAAACUGUGCUCUCUCUGUCCCUGGAUGGGGUGGUUGCUGGCUGGGGAGUAGGAGGGUAUGGGGUUCAUGGACCUAGGUGUGAGGAGGAAGCGGGAGGUGUUCAGUAAGGUUGUGGGAAAAGGGAGGGGGAGAGGAAAUGAGCAGGUGUGAGGGUGUGGAUAGGAAGGAAGAGGAAGAAGUUCUUGAAGGCUGGGGGAUGUGUAGACAAGAGGCAGAUUAAGCAGAAUCUCAGGUUUAUGUCAGGAGAGGGAGGAAAGAAAUAGAAGUCAGACAGAGGUGAGUCUGUGCAAACUGGAAGGCUCCUUCCAACUUCCUGGGAUGGAGGGACACUGGCCAGCACCAGGCACAAAGUGACCGGGAUUGGAUGAGUCUGGGGCAAGUCCACGUCACUGGGACACAAUUACAGGGAGCAUGGCAUUGGGAGGCUGCAGGGUAUCCCAGUGCCUCCUCCUGGCCUUCCUGGUGUCACCUCCCACUGUGACAGUCCCCAGGCAUGCCCGAGGCCAGGUCCCAUCACAGCUAGGCUCCCAUAGGUCAGGGUCAGGGCAUGGGGACAGCAGCUCAGCAGGGCGAUGGCCAGGGAGAGAACCCUGUGAGCUGGGUACAUGUAUAGGGGCAGAAGUGACAGCGUUCAGCUGCUUCAGCAGUGUCUCCUAGCAUCCUGAUAGAUGGGAGGCCUGUGGACAGAGAACUCCACAACUGUUGCCACCGGGAGCAGGGGAUUUCAGUGCCUUACCUACCCCAUGUCACAGAGCCCACCAAACAGGAUUCAGAGUGAUCAGCCUGGUCUAAAGGCUGGUGUCAUCCUCCCCCCCACAGGUGACAACCCUGGAGCAGGAGAGCCAAGCCAUCCUAAGCCUCUGCUGGGGGGAGUGGUUCUUGCCUCUGCUUACUUAUUUCGAGUGUGGAGAAAUUCUUUCUUUUAGCCAUUCAUUCAUUUAGCAAACAUUUUUUGGGCACCUACGAUGUGUCAGGCACAGUCCUUGGCACUGGGAUUACAGCAGAGCAUAAAACGGAUCAAAAUCCCGCCCCUCCUGGAGCACAGUCAGGGGAACGGGGGUGAUAGACAACAGUCAUACAGACACAGAGGCUGAGCCCCUCCUCACCCAGCCCUGGAGCCCCUCUGUCCUCUUGGGGAUGUGACAAGCCUAUGGGUGCUUGACUAGCUCCCUGGAACUCCCGGGGAUCUUCGUUCGACCCUCAGUGUGUUCCUGAUUUCCCGCUGCUUCCGCCAUCAUUAGGUAUUUGCCAGGAAGUCUGCCUGGAAGUGCCUCAGCCCACUCACAGCUACAGCUUGGAGACAAGAAAGGUCGGAGGCCCAAGAAGCUUGGGAGCGAGUGUCUGUCUUGGUUUGUGGGAAGGUCGCUGCCUAUUGUUCUGGCCAAUUCCUUCUGGUAGCCGUCAGGCUGGCUGCAGGAAGCAAAACUGCCCAUGAAAAGAGAGCAGAGCUCGCCAUUCCAAGAUUGCACCCUUACCCUAAAAAUGGGCUGUUUUAAGUGUUAACAAAUGUGCCAUCCUCCUCCGUGGCAGAGCAGCUGACAGUGAGCUAGAUGCACUCAGUGUAGCUGGGUGGGCAGAACACUGGACUGAGAGUUGAGAGGUGUUUUCAAGUCCUCGCUCAUGUUACCGCGGUGACCUUGACAGGGCAUGCACUCUCAGAGCCGCAGAUUACCCAGAACAAACGAGGACCAGGGCCCACGGUCCUUUCCAGCUCUGACAUACUAUCAUUCUUUGAUUUUAUUAUAUACACAUAUUUUUUUUCUGUUUGUUGCUUUAAGAACUAACCCUACUCAAGAAUGUUUUCUUUAGCUAGCUUAAAAGGACAAAAAAAGUUUUAUUUAAUAAACAAAUAUGUGGCCAAAUGCAAUACUGAGGAGACAAUCAUCCUAUAUCUUUAUAAUUUUUUUCCUGUUUCUGAGUGUUAUUUGACAAUGCCCAUAGGCUUACUCUGUUGCGUUUCUGCUUUGGGGGAUGGUUUGAUUGCUUUGAUUUGUCAUGGGGAAGAGACAUUGUUAUGCAGCUACCUCCAUGUAAGGGAACUGGAUAAAGCAAGGUUGUCUUUCAAUAAACGGCAUCACUCGACGGGAAUCUCGA